AUGCUUCGUUCCAAAUGCAACUGCUUUUUACCUUCCAAACCCAACGCCGAUCAUCCUCUUCGUGCUUUUUCUCUUCCCACUCCUCUUCCUCAAUGGCCUCAAGGAGAGGGUUUUGCUUCUGGAGUUGUGAACCUUGGUGAAAUUGAAGCAUGUAAGGUCACUGAGUUUGAGUUUGUUUGGAACAGCAAUGUCAUGGUGGAGCCAAGUAAAGCUGUUGCGUUCUAUAAACCAGUGAGAAUACCAGAUGGGUUUCAUAUUCUUGGUCACUAUUGUCAACCUAGCAACAAGCCUUUAUGGGGUUUUGUACUUGUUGCUAAACAAGUGGAAAAUUCCUCAUAUAACAUUUGCAACAACAAAAAACUAUCCGCUUUAGCCAACCCUCUUGAUUAUACUCUAGUAUGGUGUACUAAUUCAGGAAGAAAGAAAAUUGCUAUGCCUGUUGAUUCUGCUUACUUUUGGCUACCUCAACCUCCUGAAGGAUACAGGGCUCUUGGCUACUUAGUUACUAACAGUCAUGACAAGCCUAAUCUAGAUGAGAUCAGUUGCAUUCGUGUUGACUUAACUGAUAAAUGUGAACCUUACUGCACAUUACUUGAUGCUGGAUCUAUAACUCCCGAGUUUCCGUUUUGGGUUUCGAACUUGAGACCUUGUGACCGCGGCAUGUUAGGGACAGGAGUUUCGGUAGGGACUUUUUUCUGCAAUAGUAGUUGUUGGAACAAGGGAGAAGAGUUACCUGUUGUGUGCUUAAAGAAUUUGAACCCAACGCUACCGGCAAUGCCACGGAUUGACCAAAUACAUGCGCUUAUAGAGCAUUAUGGUCCUACUGUUUUCUUUCAUCCUGAGGAAGUUUACCUGCCUUCUUCUGUUGAUUGGUUUUUCAGCAACGGAGCCCUUUUGUAUCGAAAGGGCGUGUCUAAAGGCGAGGCUAUUGAUGAAGGUGGAUCAAAUUUGCCCGGUGGGGGAACAAAUGAUGGAGAAUUUUGGAUAGAUUUUCCAAAUGAUGAUAUUAGAAGGGAGUUUAUCAAACACGGGGACUUAGAAAGUGCUAAACUUUAUGUUCAUGUGAAGCCGGCAUUUGGCGGAACCUUCACAGACAUUGUUAUGUGGAUUUUCUGUCCUUUCAAUGGACCAUCUACACUGAAAUUUGGAAUUAAAAACAUGGCUUUUAGCAAAGUAGGUGCACAUGUAGGUGAUUGGGAGCAUUUCACACUUAGAGUAUGCAAUUUCAGUGGAGAGCUUUGGAGUAUAUAUUUCUCACAGCACAGUGGUGGUAAGUGGGUUGAUGCACAUGAGUUAGAGUAUAUUGACGGCAAUAAAGCUACUGUGUACUCGUCGAAAAACGGACAUGCAAGUUACCCUCAUCCUGGAACAUAUAUACAAGGAUCUUCGAAACUUGGGAUUGGAAUUAGGAAUGAUGCUAGUCGUAGUAGUUUGAGUGUGGAUUCGAGUGUUCAUUAUGAAGUUGUUGCAGCUGAGUAUUUAGGAGAUGUUGUGAAAGAGCCUCAAUGGUUGCAGUAUAUGAGAGUGUGGGGUCCUAAAAUUGUGUAUGAUUCCAAAACUGAGCUGGAUAAGAGAUUAAAUGCUCUUCCUCUAAGAUUUGGAAAUUCAUUUGGUAAUUUGUUUAAAAAGCUUCCACUAGAACUGUAUGGUGAGGAAGGUCCUACAGGGCCAAAAGAGAAAAAUUACUGGAUAGGAGAUGAAAGAUGGUGA